GCUGAACACAAUUGCUAAAAGUUCUUGGUCGUAGACCUCGUAGUUAAGCUCUGCUUCUUGAAGCUUCCUAGAAGCAAAAGCGACUGGAUGCCACUUGGCGUCUUCAAAGAGUUGGGAGAGGAUGCCCGAUAUGGCAAAAUUCGAGGCAUCCGUCUCAAUGCGUAUUUGGCGCUUUGAUUCAAAAUGGCGCAGGAUAGGCGCACUUGUAAAGAGGGUUUUGAGCAAUUCGAAACACUCUUGGGCUUCUUUACCCCAUUCAAAUUCUUGGCUUCCCUUUAAUAGUUUCGUAAGGGGUAUUGUCCUUGCUGCAUACUUCGCAAUAAACCUCCUGUAG